UAUGGGCCCAUUAGACACCCCAACGGUAAAGAAAACUUGAAUUUCAAAUUCUCUUCCAUAAAGGGCCUAGACCCCAAAAUUGAAACUAGGAACCAGAGUCAUCAUUCAUCAAUGGCAAUCUAUGACUCUGAAAGCUCUAAAGAUUACAACGAAGGAUUCGAAGAAGAAAUAGAAGAUUGCAGUAGUUUCUAUGGAUCCGACCCAUAUUACGAUUCGGGUACUGACCCAAGUUACAGCAUUGAAGAGGACACUCGCGCCAAGUUCCAGAAAUCGUCCAUCAAGAAAAAAUCAAGGCCAGGUGUUGCUAGGGAUUCUGAUUUCAGUAUUGAGAAAGACCCAGAAGAAAGGGAGAUGGAUUUGCCUGAGGUUGAUGACAAAAGUUAUGAGAAUGUUCAAGAGAUUAUAAAAGCUGGGAAGCUAGAGAAGCUGAAAGUAGAUGAAUGUAAGGUUUAUCUGAGGAAAAAUGGACUUAGAUUGAGUGGAAAAAAGGAUCUGCUUAUUCAGCGCAUUAAAGAGCAUUUAGAGAUUUUAAAUGGUGGAGGGGAGAAGAAGUAUCCGCUAUCCAGCUUUGUAUUGAACUGUAAAGGUGAUGCAUGCACUGGUGAUGUCGUUAUGUUUGAGCAGAAUGUUUAUGAAACGUUUAACAUAGCAUCGCGAAGUGCUUGUGGUCCUCCAUGUGGUACAAGAAUUAUUGCAGGCCGCAUUGUCAAAGAAAGUUAUGGUGCUGCCAAACAGCAGCAUACAUUUACAAUAGAAGUCCUCUGGAGUAGAGGGAAGAAACCGCUUCCUCCACUUUACCCCCUCCUAAUUAAGGGUCGGAACCUCUACCGAUUGAAGACUUUGAGGCAGAGGUGGGAAGAUGAAGGGGAGAGGCAAAAAGUUUUAAUGGACAAGCAUUCGAGGGGCUCACUUGCCAGGUCAAAUAGAGAAGUGCGGAUCCAGGAAAAGGAAAGAAGGAGAAUGCUGAGAGCAGAUAGGAUCUUAAAACAAGAACAGAGCAAGAAUCAGUCCCACUUAAGUUCAAUAACAACAAUACAGCCAGGCUCAUCUACUAAUUCAGGGAUGUUAGCCCCCCAACAUCAACAUUCAGGUUUAACUGUUUUAGCAGGAAAAAUAACAAGUCAAACUUGUGGCGGAUCACUCUUCGAUUUAGAGAAACUAUCAAUUAUGUCUCAGCGAUCAGGUGUCUUAGCUGAAUCUCAGCAGCUUGCAAUUCAACCUCAGCAGUCAGGUUUAUCAGUUGCUCCCAGAGAAAAAAUGAUUCAACUUUCUGAACAGUCAGGUUUUUGUCCUAAUUUUUGGACUAAAAGUUUUCAAUCAGAAUGUCAAAAUGUUCAUAUAUGGAACAGAUAUCAGAAUCAAAUUCCUUGUGAUUCGCUCAAGAGCAGUGGCAUUCAGGAGGUCCAGCUUCGAAGGGGUGAUAAAUUGUACGAAAGCUGCAAACAACCAAACCAUAUGAAUAUAUACUGGAAUUGUACCAGUGAUAAAUCCAUGGCAAGUGGAACGAAUAAAAUGCCUGAGCCGAAUUAUCAUAGACAGCAGCUGAAAAGCAUGAACCAUUGCCACCACCCAGCAACUCUGCCACAGAGGCAAGGAUUCCUUUCACAAAAGCUUUGCCGAUAUCAUGCUCAAGGACGUUGCUAUUAUGGAGAAAACUGCAAAUUUUUGCAUGAACCAAGAGAGGUGCAUGGAGCAGGCGAAAGGAGAUGCUGGAGGAUUCAUUGUCAAGAUCUUUCUUUGAUAGCUUGUGAAUCCAAAACAAAACAAGAGAGCUAUGGCCCAGUACCAAUGAUUCUAUAUGAGAGGGGUGAAGUCAUAAAUCAAGACAAAAAACAAAGGCUGGCUGCUGAGUGGGGAAUGAUUCUCUGGAUGCCGACUAGUAAUAGCAUAGAUUUAGCUGAAGUCGAUAGAUCAGAAUACGGGAAAAAUAAAUCUAACCUUUUUGAGGUGGGAGAGAUGGCAAAUUCAAAGAAGACAAUCUAAGAAAUUCUGUCAGUUUUUUACUUUUCUUCUUCAUUUUUAUAAUUUCCAAGUAAAGAUUUAGUUUUCAGAGCAAGUUGUUAGCAAGGACCUAGAAAGGUACAACACUAGAGAUUUUAAUAAUCAUAGUUCAUUGGAAAUUGAAAAUUUAGAGAUUGUUGCCCACUAUCUGCUCUACCUUCACAUAAUAAGAAUUCUGCUCCUAUGGGUAUGUUUUUGGAACAUCAUCUCGCUUUAAUUAUCUUUUGAGCUUCAAUCCAUUCACCGAUUUUCAUGGCAUUCAAGCACCUCUCAAAUAUACAUGUCUGUACCUAGGAAUGUUCAGGAAUCAUAACAAGUUCCCUUUGAUUUUGUGCCCAAUUGCCACUUAACAAUUUCAAUUGUUAGUAUGUAAAGCUUGAGAAUCGUAUAGGUGAUAUAAGCGUUUCCUUUUUCGUAUUAAUGGUCGCAACAAUUUUUUUUCUGAAGCUUCAACAGAAGCAUUGCCUAUUGUACUGAAUCCCAGCAAUAAAGGUCUGUAUACGCAACUCUUCUAAGAUUUAUUCCGGAACGUAUGCAUUGGAUUGUUAUUAUUAAUGAAAUUGUAGUGGUAGUUAAAGCUAGAUAUACCAGAACGUCCAAACAUGAU